CUUCUGGCUAUGUCGCAUCCUCUGAUUCACUCUCGUCUAUAAUCUCUUUCUUCGUUGUUAUAUUCAGCUAAACCUCUCCACCUGCACUCUUGCGCUCUUUGCGUCCUCACCGCUGACCUUCUUUCCUCAUGUCCUCCUGGUCUGCCUCGCACGCGCCUUCGCACAGGAGUGACCGCUCCCGAUCACCAUCCCGCAGUGCGUAUGGACGUACGGCGUACCCUGAUCCCUCUUAUCCUCCCGAUACAUAUCACCGGGAUUGGGACGCCUACAGUAGAGAACGCGCCUGGGCCGAUUAUGAAAGGGAUAGAGCUGCCUAUGACUAUGGCAGGCGUGGCAGGAGUCGCAGUCCCCCUUACGAUGACAUGGGUCGCAAACGACGCCGGUCCUUGUCGCCGUACGACCGAGAACGAUACGAUCCUCGUCCGCGAUACGAUGACUACGACGCACACAGAUCUGGGUUGUAUGGUCAUUCGCCACCAGGCAGGCGUGGACAAUACGGACACGGUCAUGGUUACGGCUCACGUUCUUCACGAGCACCGGUAGAUCCCCAUACACUAGAUUACCCUGCCAGUCUCAAGCAGUACGCUGAAUGGUUCCGCUACCAUUAUCCACAACAAGCCAGCGACGAGGACCAAGCUGACAAAGCAGCUGAACAAGAGGCAGGUGACGGGUCAAAACCGCGAAACGGCAUCAAAUCAAGGUGGGAGAAGUAUAAAAAGGACUUCCUCGCCCAGCAGCUCCAAACGCUUUUUGAGCACCACAGAAAAUCUCCGUGGUUCGCAGAGAAGUACGAUCCUGCUACGGAGUUUACGGCUUUGCGUGCCCGGGUGCGCAAAGUGGGCUGGCGCGGCCGUAUGACCCAAUUCCUUAAUGACCUUGAGAAUGGCAAGUUUGACAGGGAAGGCGACGCCGACGAGACCGAGGGUCAUGACCAUGAGCGCGAGUCGCCGAAGGAGGGAUCAGCUGCUCCUGAAGGUGGUGCAGCAGAUGAACCAGAGAGCCCUACGAAACCCGAAGAAGACUUUGGGUUGGGUCUUGAGAACGAAGAGGAAGCCGCAGAUAAUGCAGGGAAUGUUAAGAACGAUGCAAAUGGAAAGACGUCGUAUGACUCAAAGUAUUCUGAGAAAGAUGAAGUGUCUGUUCUGCCUGAAGGCAAUCAAGUGAUGAUUCGUACUAUUCCUCCCGAUAUCGGAAGAGUGAAGCUUGAAGCUGUCCUUAAAGAGUAUAACAGCUUUGUUUACCUCGCACUCGGAGAUCCCAUGCAAAAGCGCAAUUAUUAUCGAGCAGGUUGGAUCAAAUUUGAUGAACAUGCUGACAUGCAAAACAUUCUGUCUACGCUUGGCGAGAAGAAGAUUGAAGGUUUUAAGCUUCACUUGAAUCAUAACACUCGGCCCUUUUCUGGCAAGGUGCGCACCACUCCAGAGGUCGCCAGUCGUCCGGAGCGUAUUGCAAAGGAUUUGGCGCAAAUAAGACGCAUUGCGACGAUCCUUGAAGACGAGUACGAGCGCGUGCGGACUUUCCGACCGGAGCCUCCCGCGGCACAACCUGACGGUGCGGAAGGCGGAGACCAGCCGCCUCCGGAGGACAUAUUGACGCGGGAUGCUUUAUCAGAGGAUGAGACUCCUCCAGAGAAAGGAAGUGAUGCGGUUGAGCGGCGAAUCGCUCAGCUUACCUCGGAAUUGCCUGAACCUGCGAAUGAAGCGGAAGCGAAGGCUCUGGAGGUUAAGAAGAACACAAUCGCUUUGGAUUUGUAUCUCGCUUACCUACGUGCGGCUUUCCAUACCUGUUAUUACUGCGUGUCUACCUCCGACCACAUUGAAGAGUUGCAGCGUAAGUGCAUCAAGCAUGUGCGUAAACCACUGCCACAGAAGCCUGCCUCGGAAAGUGAAAAGCAGGCAAGCGCAAGCGCAAAGCAGAGAGAGGGUGAUCAGGUAGCAAGCGCGGAGGGGGUUGGGGAAGGCGCUGAAGACGCCGCAAAGAAGGAUGAAAUAGAAGAUGAAAAAGAUAAAGAAAAGGAGGCUCAGGACAAGAGUAAAGAGGGUAUGUUUAGAGAAAGAGAUCCCAAACAUAGCGAUUCUCGAGAUUUGAAGCGCAAUGGUCAGUGUAUUAUACUUCCUUCGGAGAUAUUUGAAGCUCAGGCCUUUUUGUCCUCGCGAUACGUAGAAGAGAGAUGGGUAGAAUGGUUGGAUAAUCGGAUUGCCCUUUUAAUAAAUAGGGAUGGCAUCGACCCACGUGAAUAUGGUGGAAAACGCUAUGAAGAUGAACUCACAAAGGCUGUCGAGCCUCAUGUCAAACAAGAAGAUGAGGGGAAGUUCAGGUGCAAAACAUGCUCUAAACUCUUCAAGGCACCGUCAUUCGUCGAAAAGCAUGUAGCGAAUAAGCACCCGGAGCUUGUUAAGCAACUUGAAGACUUACCUUACUACAAUAACUUCGUACUUGACCCGCAGCGAAUUCAACCUUUCACGCAUUAUCCACAGCAGGCCGGGACCGGACCGACUGCUCCUCCACAGGCAUACGGCUUCCAGAACAUGCCUCAAACGUUCAUGGAUCACCGCGGUGGUGUCGGCGGCGGAGGAGCGGGAAUGGGCCCCGCACCUGGAGCGCCACCAUACUAUGGCUACCCAGGAGCUUACCCGCCCUUCGCAAAUGGAGGUGGCGAUCCCUAUGGAGGAUAUCCAUACGGCUACCCAUAUCCACCUGCCCAAGUGCCGCCAAUGACACGCAGUCUUCGUGACGAGCCGCCUCUUGCGGCGGGCAAUGGAGGCGGGCGACGGCUCGGGGACCGUAUCGGCGGCUAUGCCCUAGAUACCGCCCCGAUGCACGGUAUCGAAGGAUUACCCGCAAAACCCGUCGCGACGCUCGAACCUGGUCCUGGAGGCCGUCGAAACGGCUCUGCACGCGGUGGAGCUCCUCCACCUCCGCCUGACGCGAAAGAAGACCCUCGCGCUGCUGCGGGGCGGAAGGUCAGCUAUCAUGACAUGGACCUUGUGGCAGAGGGUGAUGUAGAGCUGAAUUAUUGACAUUGAGUGGCUGAUAUUCUGCAUUCCGCAUUCGACCUUCCUCCAUUGUUUCGAGACUCGGUAAUGUGAUAUAUACUGUGAUUAGGUAGUUCGAUGGGCAUUUCAGACGAAAAGGCAAUUAUGCCAUUUGAUAAUAUCAAUACACUGAAAUUC